AUGCACGGCGAAAACGAGAACGAGCUGGGCAAGGAAGGUGCGAACGAGCAGGUGAAUAACAUGGAGGAGGUACACGAAUUUCUGUUCUUCCAAAAGGGGAAGGUAAAGAGGGAGCAUAUGGAACUCGUUAAGAAUAACAUCGAGGAUAUUCUGAACGGAGGUAAUGAAGAGCUGUCUGGGUUGCUUAAUUUGCUGUUCUUCACGAAGGAUGCCAAUUAUGUAAAGAACAAUUUAUGCAUUUGCCUGCACCAGUUAUCCAGAACACUGAAUGAAAUGAAUGUAGAGGAUAUGAAAAAGAAGGUUUUUAAAUAUAUAUUGAAAAAGUUAGAAUACGCGAAGUACAGCUAUUUCGAUAGAGCCCUUUUUUGUAAGAAGUUUUUAUCCUUCUGUUCAACAUAUGAAGAUAUAUCAUCAGAAUUGAGGAACGUAAAAUGCUUCCAUGACUUAUUUGUGAAUUGUUUAUCAUUCUUAGAUAGCCUAUUCUACAGUAAUGAUAAGUUGAGCAAAAGGAGUCACAAAUUUCGUAUGCUAAAGAAGGGGGCCAUCAAAAAGUUGAUGGUAAUUUUUUCCAAUAUAUGUAACAUAGAUAAGAAUGGAAGGGGUGAGGAGAAAGAAGUGGGGAAGGCCAAUCGAUUGAAGGGAGAGGAAGAGAUGGAUUACAUACUAAAUGUGUACGCUAAUGAGAAAUAUUUUUUCUAUCUAAUUGUAGAAUCAUUUGGUCUAUUUUUAUGUAAAAAUAGCGAAAAAAACCUUUUGGAUAAAAAAAAAUAUGUGGACAGAUUUACCAACAAUUUUCUUAAUCUUUUAAAUUCAAACAAAGAAAUCUUGCUAAAGAUUAAUAGAUCAUUUAAGUACAUUUUUCAAAAUGGAAAGGAUGAUAAAAUAUUCCAGAGCAUCCUCAAUCAUAUUCAUAGGUAUGAUGAAGUUGCCUUAGUCAAUGCGUCUCCUUUUUAUUACUACUGUGAAAUGUACACCAAGGAACACUUUUACACUUUAUUAGAAAUAGUCAUAAAUAUGAAGAAAAACAAAGAUGUAAAGAAUUGUAACAUUCUAUAUUUUAUCCUGUUUUAUAAAUUUCACAUAAAUAAUGAGAAUGACUCCGUUUUAAAAAUGCUAAUUGAAAGAAACCAAAAAUUAAAUAUUGUAAAAUUUGAUGAGAAGAUCAUUUUUUUAAAAACCGCCACGUAUUUACUUUCUACGAAUAAAGGCAAAGAAAUAAAGGACAUUAUUCUGGCAAACAAAAAUAUGAUAACGAACUAUCUGAAAAAGGAUUUAAAUGAAGAUGUCAAAUUGGAGUGCAUAAUAUUUUUGCGAAGUUUGGGGAGUAUUCUAAAAAAUGACAAAGAUGUGUAUAAAACGUUUUCACCACUAGUUUUAGAAAUUUUAGAAAAAUAUGGAAAGAAUAACGACAAGUUUUUGCAGUACUGCUUGUUGUUCUAUAUCGAUUUGGUGGAUUCCAUCGAGGUUAAUGAAAAACUGCUUUCCACUUUUAAGGCCCACUUAAACUUUUGCUUAACGAAGCAGAUUUUAAAAUAUAUUUACGGGAUCAACUUGUUCUUGCUUCUCUACAUGAAGAAUAAAGACGCCGCCUCUGGUGUUACCAUUAACAACCACAUUAACGAGAUUUUGGGCAAAAGUUUGUACAACCAAAGUGAGCUCUUCUAUCUGUAUGAUAUAAUUGAGUUGAAAAAAAUUCCCCCUAAUAAAUUCUUCUUUUACGUUUAUUCGCUUUUGCUGCUUUUGCACUUCCUGCUACACGAGGAAAAGAAGAUACUAUCAGAGUAUGUGAACGAGAUAGUGAAAGAUUUUCCCACUUUUAUUUACUUUGACCAGUUGGCCAAGUCGCACGUACUACCCGUGUUACUGGGGGAGAAGAACGCCGAGGAGGAAAAGAAAAAAAAGGCUCCUGCAAAUGCGCCACACGAGAGUAAAAAAGGACUGAAAAAAGAUAGCCCCCAAAAUAAGAGGGACAAUAUGCAUAUGUUGACCCUUCUCACCGUGAUGUGCAUGCUGCAAUACUUGGAAGAAAAAAAAUUCGACAAAACUGAGUACCGGAAAAAAAAUGAGAAAAAAUUCCACACCUACUUGUUGAGUUUAAAAAGGGGAGGAAUUAUUAACGAACAGAACUGUGACUACCAAAAUUACGUAGACGACUUUGACAUGCUGCUGGACAUCUUGCUCAUGCAGAAGGAGAUGUGCCAAGUGCUGCUGCACUCGUUCUAUGUGUACCUCUACCUAUAUUGGAACAGUGGCCCCCGUUUUAGAUACGAGAAUGGGUACGUUCUGAGGCGAUUUCUAUUCAUCCUUUUGUCUUAUGUGUCCAAAAUUGAGCUGGAUCCCACGGAAAGGAGCAAUUUCUACCUUCUCUUGUUGCUAUGCUUAUGCCACCCGUGCAUAUUUUACAAAAACAUGAGGAGCUCCGUAAGUAGGAGAAGAAUGAAGAGGUAUAUAUGUGGUAAAAUAUUGAGCCACGUGAACCUAGAUACGGUUAUAGCUUUUAUCGUGAAAGGCUCCGAUUACUACAACAAUGAGUUACACAAGAGUGUCUGCUUACAUUUGAUCGAGGUAUUUUACAUUUUGGAAAUUUUACCAUCGUGGAAGAAGAGGCAAUUUGCAAAAGCGCGACAGGUGGACGGAAAAAGUGUGUCCAUUUUGAAAAAUAGGGCAGAUAGCGCAAUCGUUGGAGAUACACUCGAUAGGGAGAAGAAAAAAAAAAACAAAAAGGUAAAAUUCGUAUUUGGUGAUGCGUCAAACUAUGCAAAGAACUAUUCAGCGGUUGCCAAUGCGGAUGAUGGACGGAACUUGGUAAGAUUACACGAUCCUGAAGUUAAAAGAAAGCUAACUGGUUUGACAAGCAAACUGAUCGACAUGCUAGAUGAUAGCAGCGUAGAAAAUGUGAAAGAAGACGAAAUCGAAAUUUGCAAAUGUCCGUUUAAUUCGCUGUACGUGGACAAGAAUGUGUACCAGACUACCAUCGUUGUCGAAAGCAAAAAUGUGAAGCGAAAUAAACAUCUGUUCUCUAUGUAUGAUGAAGAAACUGCGGAAAUGAUCAUGGUGGAAGAGCUGAACAUGAGCAAAAAGGCUACCGCCAGCAGUAGUACAAGCCCAUCGAAAGAUAAAAAAGGAAAUAAAAGCAAGGGGCUAACGAAGGAAGACCUAGAAAUGGAAGAAAUAAAAAAGCAAAACGAGAUAAGGAUAAAAGUACACGGAAUAGUGGAACGAAAUAAAUAUAUCCUAGAGUGUAUUAAAAAAAUGAGUUACAUUGAUGAUAUUUACGACACCAAGUAUGUAAACCUGUUUAUUAAAAAAAUUAUGGCUUUUUUAAAAAACGAUUUAACUAGCAGAUAUUCACAGGCCUAUUUGAAUAAGAUAAUUCAGAACAUGAUAAGCACAAAAUUGCUGACGUGCAGAAAUAAAGUUACGAGAUGUUUAUACAAAAUAAGUAAGUACAAAAAGGCAGACGAGUCAGCACUCAUCAUUUUCAGCUCCUUCAAUAGGAAUGAAAAGAUAUCCUACGUACUGACGUUAUUCUUAUUCCCCAUAGUAUUGCACAGUAUUAAAAUAAUAAAUGAUAAGGACGUAACUCUGAAUAUUUUGAAGACGUUGGAAAUUCUCCUCCACUCAAAAACUAAGAUUAAUGAUGAAGAUGCGCUCAAGUGUUUACAAAUUUCGUUUGAGAAGUAUCCCGAUCUGGACGUAGAAUUGGAGUCCUUCCUUGAUAACUUCAAUUCGUAUUUACUAAGUGAAAAAAAUGUAAAAGCGCUCCUCGAACUUUGCAUAACGGAGAAUAAAAAACGUAGGAACCUUAUCAUUAAAUCCUUCUACAAAUUUGUAAGAGAUGAAAAUGUUAAAGGGGACAAAAAUUCAUUAGACACCAUUUUUAACAACGAAUUUAUACACCUAUAUAUGAAUAUUUUUCAGAAUGAUUACAACGAGGAGACGCACAAGUGCUGCGAAGAAAUGAUUCGCACGUUGGCGAUUGCUCCCGUCUCAGAUCAGUACAAGCUAAUAGAUUUGCUGCAGAAAGAGUGCAGCGAUUUUCAAAAUAUGAUCUGUAAAACCAUUGUGGGGUCAACAAAUAGGAAAAAAACCAAGGAACUACUUUUGCAGCUAACAUCCAAGUAUAUAACGUUUAAGGAGUAUGGAAAAAUUGGAAUAUUGAAAACGAUUGAAGAGCUGGCCAAGGAGCAUUUUGUUAUCCUCAUCGACGAUGUAGAAUUUAUUUUAAAUUUUCUGUUAGGUUUAUGUUUAGAAGAAAAAAGCGACAUUUCGAAAAUUAAAGAGUUUGUCCUUACGUGCGGUUCCUCCGUGAUUAACUCGUAUAAUGAGUAUUUGCUUAAGAGUAAAAGAAAGGCAACCAAAAAGAAGGGGAUCAAAAAAGCUCCAAAGAGUGCAACGAAAAGAAACUCCAAGGGGAAGAACAAGUCCCCAAAUGGAAAACACCAAUUGGGCGAAUCCGAAGAGGAAAAUUAUGAUGAGGAAGAUGACGAUUUUAAGUUUUACUCCUCAGACGCCUCUGUAUCAUCCACGGAGGUUAAUAGCAGAGAAGAUUCGAAAAAUGAAAAUAAAGAGUUAGAAGAAGCCUUCCAGAGGAUUUACAAAAUUCUGAACAAAUAUCGCGACAACAAAAAGAGCAACAACAAAAGUGCCGUGGACUUGGUCGUUGUGAUGUAUUAUGGGUGGUUAGGAGCGAACUUGAAAAAGGAAUCCCUUGUGCUGUUAAACAAGCUGAUAGAACAGAUUCUGCACAAAGACACGAACAAUUUUACCCAGAUAGAGAUAAGCGGCAUAAUCCCUAAAUUUAUAGAAAAUUUAAAAAGCGAUAAGGAAGACUUCAAUGAAGAGUACGAAGAUGAGGAGCUUGAAGAGUUCGAUCAAAUGAACUCAAACAUGACAAGGUCAGUAAUUAGCAGGAUGAACAGUGCGAAUAAGAAAAAAACAGUCACAUUUUACAUCAACGGGAAGGUACACAGCUCUACUAAGGGAGCAAAGGGCGGAGCGGCCGCGGUAGCAGUAGAUGGUGACAAAAAGGGUGGAAAUGUCGCGGCAUCUGGUGAAGGAAAAGAAAGCGAAAGUGAGACGCAAGUCGGGGGAGGGAAAAAAGGAAAGAAGAAGGCCAAUGGGGACAAAGGAAACAACAAAAGUGGUAGUACUACUAGUAGUAGUAACUCCCUUAGUUGUAGUGCCCACACAGAUGGACUGAUUUACCUGGAAAGUUACGAUGUAGCCAUAUUGGUAGAAAAAAUAUUUUCCAUUAUUCAAACGCACAAAGAUUUGAAAGUCAGAAAAGGGUGCUGCCUACUCCUGGGAAGUGUUGUAAAAGCACACGGCAUGCAUAUACUGAAGAGGUUCAACAUUUUGGGCAAAAUAAACUGCAACAUAUAUUCAGAAGAUGUAAUUAAGAGGCAGAGUUUUUACCUUACCUAUGGAUAUUUAUUCAAAGUGUUGAAGAUAAAAUUCGAGCCGUAUAUUUUAAGAAACUUCAAAUUGCUGCUAGAAUGUUACAAGGAUAACGUAAACAAUAUAAAGGUCCUUGGAAUAAGUGUCAUUGAAGAAAUUUUAAAUGACUUAGGUCAGUACGGAUUGAAGAAGAUUUUACCCUUUAUAAUUUUUAGCUUAAAAAAUUCGAGCAUUAGGAAUAAAGACAUCGUGUCCUAUUUGGAUACCCUGCAUUUAAUCAUUUCUAAAUUUGACAUAAUUUGCUAUGUGGACAAUCCGACGUUGGCUAAUUUGGUGAACUUACUGUGCGAGUUGGUAUCCGAAACGAAUUCCAAAGUAAGGGAAAUAUGCAUAAGGAUCUUUAACAAAUUGGAAAAGAUGAUACAAAAUAGUGAAAUGAAGAAUAUAAGUAGGCAGCUUCUGUUAUGUAUUUACUCUCCAAAUGAUAACCAUUUGUGUGAUUUUUUGGACCUUUUUUCUUCCAUUUCGUUUCAAUACAAAAUUGAUAACAUUUCGCUCUCUCUACUGUUCCCAGUUCUUAAGAAGGGAAUAAAUAACAUCAGAUUGGAUCUGAAGAAGAAAGCUUUGCAAAUUUUAUAUUUCCUAAUUUAUCUGGUGAGCGAUCAGUCGCUGUUCUUUAUUUACUAUGAUAGUAUAUUCAAAAUUUUAAUCGUUCUUUUGAAUGAUGCGAUUCCAGAGAUAAGAUUUUUGACGGCCAAAUCGAUUGGAAACAUUUGCUACUUCUUAGAUGUGAACAAAAAGCUCUACUACAUUCAGUACAUUUUUAACAUCCUCAUUAACACCGAAUCGUCGGUAGAGAAGAGUGGCGUCUCUUUAUGCCUAUCGUCCAUCUUAGCCAAGUGCUCAGAAACCAUUGCUGAAAAUUUUAUAUGUACUGUUGUGCGUCUCAUCGAUGUGAAGAAAUACAUCGAGCUCAAGGAUAGGCAUGGGAAGAAACUAAAGCAAAGGGCGGGGAAGAUGAUUAAAAGUGGGAAGACAGCAAGGAAUAGGGGAGGAAAAAGGGACUCUGGAAAAAGCUCCAAAUCGGUUAAAAAAGGCAAAGUCGCAAUUGAAUUCUCCACUGAGGACGACGAGGAGGAUGGGGUGCAGUUCGUUGAUAGCGACAUGGAAGAAAGCGCCUAUUCAACCGGAGAAGGGGAGGAUGACGAUGAUGAGGAGGAUGACGAUGAUGAGGAGGAUGACGAUGAUGAGGAGGAUGACGAUGAGGAGGAAGACGAUGAGGAGGAAGACGAUGAUGAGGAGGAAGACGAUGAUGAGGAGGAAGAUGAAAAUGAUGAAGAGGAUGACAAGGAGGAUGAAGGCGACCGGAACGACCAGAGCAGCGGGGACGAAAUAUACACCCGAUCGGACGAAAGCGAAGACGACGAUUUUGAAGCGGACGAAAAGGGUAAGCCGUCCAAGGGGGGAAGGUACUACGAAGAGGAUGAAGAAGAAGACGAAGUAGACGAAGAGGACGAAAUGAACGAGGAGGAGGACUCGCUUACCGAAGAAGAAAGCGAUAGUGAUGAUGACGUAUUGAGCAAAAAUGCUGAAAAGAAGUCGACCUAUUUGAGUGGACUGUACUUAAUAGAAAAGAACGAAGAGAAUGAUUACAACAUCCAUAUAGAUGACGAUUUGUCAAAUUGGAACCUGAUGUAUGAUAAGAAAAUUAUGAAAAAUGAUAACUCGAAGGAGGGACUCAUUGGCUUCUUCAUAUACAUCCCGGAAUGUGCCCCGAGAUAUACGGAAAAAUUUUUAAAAAAAAUAUUGCAAAAGUUGCUACUCUGCCUUAACGACACAAGUGAGAAAAUAAGAGACAUAGCCCUGAGGUCAUGCAAAGUGCUGAUCGGCAUAUUCUCCAAGAACAACACGUCACUCAUUUUAAAGUUCAUCGAAAAUAAGAUAUAUAAUAGAUACUGGAGAAUUAGAAAGGACGCCAUACUCUUGCUCAAUGUAUUGAUUGAAAAAAAUAUAGAAAUUAAUAAGGAAGAAAAAGACAUAGAAACAUUGAACUUGUUGCACGAGAGGUUUUACUUCAUGUUAUCCCUUAUAUGCAUUAUGAGAAAUGAUAAGAAUGUAAAUGUGAGGCAGACCGCUUAUAGUAUUUACAAAAACUACGUAAAUAAGAGAAUAUUACAGGAAAUGUGGCCCAUACUGCUAAAAAAGAUCACACAGAACCUGUCCUCUAGGAGUACUUCAAAGCAGGUCAUCAGCGCGUCAGCAUUGAGUGAUUUAGUUUUCAAGACAGACUCGAGUAAUUUGGAAAGCAUAUUAGAAAAUAUGGUCAACGAGUUUAAGACGACAAAGUACACCUCCAUCAGAAAAGGAAUCUGUUUCGGAUUUUGCGAAAUUUUUUCCAAAAAUAGGUAUCACAACUUGGUUGUUACCCAUGUGCAUAACAUUAUUUACAUGAUUAAAGAAUUAGCAAAUCACAAGAACACAGGAGAUAUAAUAAAAUUACUCUCCUUGUUGCUAAAAAAUAUUGACCCAUUUGUUUUGAAGGGCAUCAUUAAGGACUUUGUCAAUGACGUUAUGAUUGCCACUCAAAAUAGGAAUAGUCUGAAAAAGUUUACUUCCAAGCAGUAUAUCAGUUUUAAGAGCAUUAAAAUUUUCCUAAAUGUGCACACCGAAUUGGUCAUUGAUCUUAUUGUGGACAGAGCAUUGCUACCUCCGUACAACACUGCGAAGAUGAAGCUCCUAUCCUACGUUUCGUAUGCCAAGUUGAGCAGUUACACCCUCCUAUUUAGGAAGCUUUUGCACAUUUUUAUCAAUUUGAUACUGCGCGGGCUGAGAGAAUUUAGGAGCCACGGCUUUGACAUGAAAAACUACGCUGCGGUUGUGUCGUACAGCAUGGACGAGAACAACCAAGGGGGAGGAAAAAAGGAAGUCGUUGCCUCUACGGAAGAGUUAAAAGUGCGGAAGUUGGACGGGGAAGAGGUGGAGGGAGAGGCCAAUGAAGAGGAGGAACAGGUGGAGGAGGAGGAGAACGACGACGUGGACCAGGACGACAUUGACGAGGCUGAAGGGGAAGGGAACAAUGGAGCCUUCCAAACGGAUAUGAAAAUACAAGACAUUAUAAUCUCCCUUAAGUGCUUCCUAAAAAAUAUAAGCGACAGAAAUGUGGACACGCUGACGGAGAUCCUCUUUGAGGGGCUGCGAAAAAAUGACAGCUCGGUGAAUUUGUCCUACGCAAGUUUGGAACAAUGGGGAGAUGACGAAAAGCGCGAAGAUGGGAAGAACAUGCAGUGCUAUAGGGCAGAGUUCAGCUGCACGCAUGAUUAUGCCAAAAUAUGCAGCGGAGCCAAAUUAGCCGAACUGAAAAAAUUCGAAAGCACCAAGAGAAGUGGAAAAGUGAGGGAAAUUAUUCUGUCCAUUUUUAAGUACAUGCUGGAUAUCAUAAACGAAAGGGACAUCUCUGCACUGAAUAACGACUCCCCAGCAGUGCACAGUUCGAAUGUGACGGAGCCGAGUAAUAGCCGUAAUAAGGAAAAUCUGCGAGGAUACAGACGGGUGCACAUACUACACUCGUAUAGAAUAAUUACGUACAUAACUAUGAUAUCAAAGUAUGCACUAAUAGAUAUCAACAAGAAGGUGCUGGAAAUCGCCUCCAUCAUAUAUGUGUACCUAAUUGAGCUGAUAAAAAUGCUGGAUAGUAACUGCGCCUACGUGGAGACCUUCCAUGAUAUUAUAAAUAAGUACAGCAGUGAUAGCAAUUUUGUUCCCGUGCCAGAUGGGAAAUACGAAAUUGUAGGGUUAAAUAUGAACAAGAAAUUGUUCGCCUCCCUGGUAGGCAUGUGCACAAAUGUAAUUUUGCUGUCCACAAAUCCGAAUGUGAAAAUCAAGGCAAUCGAAAUCGUAAGAAUGAUAUUUUUAUAUACCAAUAGGGAGGUAUCGAGUCCCCAAAUUCUGAAGGUAUCUGGAAUUUUAAUAAGAGUGUUAACAAAUAAAUAUAUUGAUCAAGCCAAAAUUUACAUUUUCUCAACGUUUGAAGUCCUAAUUAGGAAGGGCAGCAAUUUUAUCCGACCUUUGAUUCCCCAACUGCAAACGUGCAUAAUAAAAUCGCUGAGUAACGAAAAAUUGAAAAAUCAAAUUAUUCACAUUUUGAAUAUCAUUUCGGAGAAGAAACUUUCCAGGGUGGAUUUGCUGAUUAAUGAUUUGCUGAACAAUAUUAAUAUACAGACAAAUCCGCAGCAGUCUAUAACGAUUUUUAUGAUUUUGUCCAACAUUUUGAGCAGUCCAGAUGUGAACAUAAAAACCAUUUUGAACAAAAUUAUUAACUCGGUAAGGUCAAAUUUUGUGCAUAGCAAUUGGAAUAUAUCCUUUUACGCAUGCAAAAUUUAUGUGCUGUUAAUAUUUUUCCACCUGCCAAAUAAGAAGCAAUACUUGGAGUCCAUCCUUGUAGCGGAAAAAGCGACGAUCGAUUUUAGCACCUACUAUUUUGUUCUACACAUAAGUGAAAUAAAUAAUUUUUAUGACAUCCUGAAGAGGGAAAAUAUGACGGAUUCUUUUAAGCAAGUGUAUGAACAUAUGCUGAAGGACGAGAUUAGCAGUUUGCAAAAUAUUGCCUACCAGAUAUUUUAUAAUAUCUCGAAGCAUGAUGACGAGUGCGUUUCCUUUGUGUAUGGCCUGCUUCCUUAUUUUAAGCUACCCCCCAUGACAGUCAUUUCGGUUGAAAUUCACCGGUACUAUUUUAAGGCCCUGAGGAACAUCUUUAAGAAAUGCCCCGGCAUUUACAAGGAAAGCGAGACCAAGUUUUUGCUCGUCUUGGAUAACCUCCACCUGGCCCUGUCUAACACGGCUCAAGUGUUUAAAUCACUGGGAGAACGCUGCGCCAAGCACGUCCUCGAAAUAAAUGACGAAGAUCAUCAUAAAGCCAAAAUGGACUUCUUAAAAGACAACCUGGAAGGGACAAAAUAUAAUCUGCUGCUUGAACAGGUAAAUCGGCUUCUGGAGAAGAAACAUAGUAUAAAAUCGGACUCGGAGUAG